AUGAGACCAGUGGUUUCGGCUGUUCUAUGUACUUUGUGGUUAUAUCAACUAUCACCAAUCUGUGAAGCUCUUCCCGGCAAUAACAUCCGUGAUACCGUGGAUGCCCCUGACAAUACUCGUGACACUGUGGCUGUUUCCAGCGACAGUAUUCGUGAUACCGUGGAUGUCCUUGACGACAAUACUCGUGACACUGUGAGUGUCCCGGGUGGCUCGAACAACACCGUUAAAAACAAACGUGAGAAGGAGAUUGGAGAAGGUGAAUACUGCCCUAUUCCCCGGUUGGAAAGCAUCAAUCCCGUAUGGGAUCCUGAGGAAAUUUAUGCAAAGCAUGAGGGUAAACUCAGCGAUUUCGACAGGAACUUCUACAAGUUCUGGAAGGGUGCUUUCGCUACUGGUAGAUUUGGAGGCAUGAAACUGUGGAAGGUUGUGGCCGCUAUGGGUGACGCGUUUUUGUCUGCGAUGGAUAAGCUUGGCAUCCUCAAGCAAAUGGAGAAGGCGGAACGGGAGAACUACUACCUGUUCAACGAUUACGAGGAGGAGUUUGACGCCUAUCUUGACGAGGAGGCAAAUGCUUAUCUGGAAAAGAAAUUAGCAGAACCAGUUCCUGUGGAAAAGAAUUGA